AUGAGAUCGCCAGAGUCUCAGCGACGAUUUCGUCGCAACCGGGCUCAUCUUCGUCAGCGAUUUCGCAGUGGGCGACGGAACAUCGAAGAUGUACACUGGGCGUGGGUGAGCGAAAUUAGCGAACACACCAUAAACCAGUUGAAAGCUGGACAUCUUGUCAAGCUCAGUCCAGCACGUUCUGAGUCGUUCUCGUCAAUCAAUAGCGUCAAUACCAGAAAGAAAUUCAAACUCGCCGUUGAAAACAUCAAGCGAGGCAUCCUUGGCUUUGCUACUGGUUCUGGUAAAAACAUCAAAGUCAUUACCAUAAUGGAUUCACCACCCGAUCUCUCACCGAAUGCUCCACCAACCGGUUACGACGACACCGCCAACUAUUUCGCCAAUUUACAGGCACCACCAGCUCCACCCUCAAGCACAUCCACCGGUCAGGCCUCUACAGAAGGUUCAGUGGAUUCCAGCGGCUUUGAGAAGGUGGACCACGACGUUCUAGAAGAGUACGGUCAACAAUUCGUGAAUCAGAUGCAACAGGCCUUGUUUGGUACACUACCGGAAGAAGCAGACACUGCCGUAAGUCCCCAAUACACUUCUUCUUUGGCCUUUUACGGCUCAUUUCCCUCGUUCUGUUUCAUUUGCCACCACUCAUUCUCAUUGUCGAAAUAA